AUGCCGCCCAAGAAGAGGGCAGCAACCGACGCAGACCCAUCCAGGAGACCGGACGAGCAACCUUCGGCAGCCAAGAGACAACGCGUCUCGCUGGCCUGUGAUGGAUGCAGGGCUGCCCGCGAAAAGUGCGACGGAACCCGCCCGCAGUGUCAAACGUGCGUGUCGCAGAACCGACUAUGCUCGUACACGCCCGCCUCGAAGAAGAGGGGCGUCCAGACGGGGUACUUGAGGGCUGUCGAGCUGUCGCUCGCAUGGCUACUGGAGCAGGUCCCAGGCACCGAAGAGACGCUCAACCAGCUCCUUAGCCAGAGCGACGGGUCGGGCGGAGCAACCGUCGUCGUCAACAAGGACCACAUCAGCAAUCGCCUUCACAAGCGCUGGACCAAGAGUCGAAUACACAAGGAGAUUGGGCGACUCCUGUCUGAUGGCUCGGCCCAGACAACGGAGCCCUCCCCCGAAGAGACUGGCUCCGACACCGAGCAGGACUCGCCCUCGUGGCUCAAGGCCGCUGAAUCUGCCUCGAGCUCAGCCUUCUACAGCACGAGUCCACAGGGGCGCAUGCCGCCAGCGACAGGUGCUGCCGAUGUCGCAGCAGCGAGGCAUCGACCAACGUUACCUUCCAACUGGCAGCGCCUUGUCGAGAUAUACGUCGCGUACACGCAUUGCUGGCUACCCAUAUCCAGCAAGAACGACUUGUUCGCAACUGCGGCAGAGUAUGGCGCGUACCCGACGCCACACAGCCUGUCCGGGACGGAGUCGACAUGGUCGAGGUACGCUGAGCUCUGGGCAGCGUUAAGUGUUGCCGCCUUUCAAGAUGCGCACUCGCUCGGCGCGUCGACAGACCCAGACCUAUCGCCAGCGCGCAUUUUUACCAUCGCCCGCAGUUUUUUGCCCCACGAGGAUGGGCCUUUUGACACGUCCAUCAUCCGCGCGAGCCUUCUGCAUGCUCUGAUACUCAUCGGCCGUGGAAGCCACUUUGCGGCCUCGUUGUUGGUCGCGAGAGCCGCACGGAUCCUCAGCCAUCUCCGAUCCACCGAUCCCGCCAUGUCGAAGGCAUUACACUUCGAGUCCCUGUUCGACGCCUGCGUCGUCUUCGACGCCAUCACCUCUGCCUGCUUGCGGCAGUCGCCAGAGCUGGCCGACUUCACUCGAGAUGCUCGUUCGUCCACGAGUCUCUCUGUCGACACGGACUCGCCCGAGAACUGGACGCCUGUCUACGGGUUUGGCCAUCCUUCACUUGGCGGCGAGCCGGCAAGCCCUCCCAGAACACAGCCAGUCUCCACCCUGUGCCAGCUGCGGCAGUUUGCGCACAUCCUGGCGGGCGCUACGGACCCGCGCUUGAGCCAGUUCUCGAGCAAACAAGCAAACACGGAUGACCUCGUGCAAUGCUUGAGGCCCCAAUUCAGUUUCUGCAACUCCGUUAUUGCGGGAGGCUCCACUCCACUGCUGCCGUCUGCAUACCUGGUCAAGGCCAUGUUUCUGGCGACAACGGUUCGGCUCGUUCCCGCUCACCGCUCAUCGCUGCUAUCCAACGUCUUGGAAGUCGUCGAGGCCAGUCUGAGCAAUUUCGGGGCCUGCGGCACACCACCACUUGUCGGGGCUCUGCUAUGCCUGGUACAAAAUAGGGGCACUGUCGACAUGCACGAGUCGGAGAGGAAAAGGUGGACUUCUGAGGGCAACGAGAGCGGGCCGUUCCAGGAGCGCUCUGGCGCAGCCUUUGCGGCCCCGGGGCCACUCGGCCAAGCCAUUGACUACGAUGCCAUUCUGGACGAGCUGGGUACCAUUGACUACACCGACGGCAUCGGCAUGGAUCCCCAGUUCAUGGUCAACCUGGGCUUCGCGCCGGGCUGCGAUUUGGGCGAGAUGUUUCAGGGAGACUUUGGCAGUUGA